AUGAACGUCAAAGGCUCCAGUUCUGGAGACAAGGGCAGCGAUUCUAGAGGAAACAUCAAUGAACAUUCUCCUCUUCUCGCUCAUGACCGUGCAAAACCUCAACCUCCCCUACAUCCUGACGAUGUAGAGAGUACAUAUCUACAAGAUGAGCCCUCAACUAGAUAUCUCGUUGCUAUUCUCGGCAGUAUCUUUAUCGGUGUUUUCCUCGCUGCCCUCGACACUACCAUCGUCGCUACCCUCUCCGUCCCCAUCUCCAACACGUUCGGAUCACUGACCCUCAUCUCGUGGCUCGGAUCAUCAUACCUCAUCGCCAAUGCUGCUUGUCAGCCUCUCUCCGGUCGACUAACCGAUAUCUUCUCCCGUCGCUCCGGCCUCGUGGUCUGCAACGUACUCUUCGGUCUUGGGACCCUACUGUGUGGAGUUGCGACCUCAAAAUGGGCGCUUCUCGCUGGUCGAGUUGUGGCGGGCAUGGGUGGCGGGGGCCUCAACGCCAUAACGACGUUCGUGGCCAGUGAUCUCGUACCUUUGAGAAGACGGGGCGUUACACAAGGCUUCGUGCAUAUUUUUUAUGGCGUUGGCGCUGGCGUUGGCGGAUUGUUCGGAGGUUGGAUUAAUGACCUCUGGGGCUGGAGGACUGCUUUCUUGAGCCGCGUGCCAUUGAUUGCCAUCUCCACCAUUCUCGUCUCUGUUACCCUGAACAACACCCCUAACAAGCACAAUGAUAAGUCGAGAUUGUCGAGGGUGGACUUCUCGGGUGCUUUCACACUAUCCUUAACUCUUAUUCUGUUACUGUUGGGCCUCAACUCUGGUCGGAAUCUCGUUGCAUGGAGCCAUCCACUUGUUUUGGUCUCCCUGUCGCUUUCAUUUGCAGCCGCCGGGGCUUUUGUUGUUGUCGAAUCCAAAUGGGCCGCGGAACCUAUCAUUCCCAUGCACCUAUUACUUGAUCAAACAGUACUCGCGGCAUGUCUGAUGAAUUGUCUUGUGACUAUGAUACUAUUCAUGGCUACAUAUUACGUCCCCAUCUUCUUUCAGGUCAAUGGACACUCCACAACAGCUGCCGGCCUUCGUCUCUUGCCCCAGAGUGCAGGGACCGCUCUGAGUUCCCUCACCUGUGGCUUUAUCAUGAAACGUACGGGGAGAUACAGAACCUUGGGCAUGGCCGUCAUAGCGUGUUCUGCUUUAGGUUUCGUUGGCCUGAGCACUAUGACGAUCCAAACAUCGAUUCCCCUCUCCUUGAUUUAUGUCUUCUUGGUUGGAGUGGGUUACGGUGGCAUGUUAUCAGUGUCACUACUCGCAACAGUCGCGGCCGUGUCGCAUGAAGAUCAAGCCGUCGCAACCUCUGCCAACUACGCAUUCCGAUCGAUGGGUUCGACGAUUGGCGUUACGAUCGCGUCGGUAGUGUAUCAGAACCUGCUACAGUACGGUUUACACCAGCGCUUCGACAGAAAGGAAGGCUCUUCAGAGAUAAUAAAGCGUAUUCUUGACUCCUUAGAUGAGCUGAAACGUCUCCCUGAAGGCUGGAGUAAGGGCGUUUAUAAGGCAUACGAGAAUUCAUUGCGAGGAGUCUUUUUGACUGGACUCGGUGUAGCCGUCUUGGGGUUGGUCGUAGCAAGCUUCAUCAAGGAGCAGAGGUUACAUCAUACAAUUUCUCGUGCAGAUACCUGA